AUGGUUAAGCCCGAGCUUACUGUGCCCGCAAAAAUUAGUGAAAGUACAAGGAUUGUGUUGGAGCUACCGAUGGUACACAUAUCCUUGCAAUGGUGCCAAUUAAAAAAGCGGUACCCUUUCGCAACAGAAAAAGGUGAUAUAUCUCAGAAUGUAUUGGCUGCUUGUAAUUUUGAUCUCGAAUUCAUGUACGUGCUUAGUGGAUGGGAAGGCUUAGCACAUGACUCAAAAGUAUUAAGUGAUGCUUUAACAAAAAACACUAAUCGACUGCCAGUUCCAGAAGCUCUUUAUCGUAGUGUCCGCUAUCAUUUACAAGAGUAUUCUGGACAAAAUUCACAACCAACAAAUGAAAAAGAGUUGUUUAACUAUCGUCGUGCAUCUUGA